CCACGUCGAACGCGAGAACGCGAUAUCAGGUGCCCACCACUCGCCCCAGAGCCGGACCGUAACGAUGCCCCCGCUGCCCGACGGCAAGGUCUACUCGGCGACGUAUAGCAAUGUGCCUGUGUACGAGGCGAACGUCAACGGCAACCAUGUCAUGCGGCGCCGCGCCGACGACUGGAUCAACGCGACGCACAUCCUCAAGGUCGCCGACUACGACAAGCCCGCGCGCACGCGCAUUCUGGAGCGCGAGGUGCAGAAGGGCGUGCACGAGAAGGUGCAGGGCGGCUAUGGCAAGUACCAGGGCACCUGGAUCCCGCUGGAGGACGGCCGCAUGCUGGCCGAGCGCAACGGUGUGCUGGAGAAGAUGCGCGCCAUCCUCGACUUCGUGCCGGGCGACCGCAGCCCGCCGCCGGCCCCGAAGCAUGCGACGGCCGCGUCGAACCGCAUGAAGCCCCCGCGCCAGAGCGCCGCUGCUGCGCGCACGGCAAAGCUCAACCAGCAGCGCGCCCAGAGCCAGCACCAGCACAGCCAGCACAGCCAGCACGCCCAGCACGCCCAGAGCAAUGUCCACGCUGCGCACAACCCGACACACGUCUACUCGCUCGAGGCCAUGCAGACGUUCGUCGGUUCGCAGUCACAGGCUGGCGACGACCCGUACGACGACGGCUCGCAGCUGCAGACGCACAUUUUCCGCGACGCCACGCCCGACAAUGAGACGGUCGUGUCCGAGUCGAUGCUAGGCGACCACGACUUCGACGGCGCCGCGUACUCAAUCGACAACCGCAAGCGCAAGCGCGGUCUGGACCAGAUGUCGCUGCUCGACCAGCAGCACCAGAUCUGGGCCGACCAGCUGCUCGACUACUUCAUGCUGCUCGACCACAAAGACGCCUACUCGUGGCCCGAGCCGCCGCCGAGCAUCAACCUCGACCGCCCCAUCGACGAGAAGGGGCACGCGGCCAUGCACUGGGCCGCUGCCAUGGGUGACGUGGGUGUUGUGAAAGAGCUGAUACACCGCGGCGCACGCAUAGACUGCCUGUCCAACAACCUCGAGACGCCGCUCAUGCGCGCUGUCAUGUUCACCAACAACUUCGACAAGGAGACCAUGCCCUCCAUGGUCAAGAUCUUCCAGCAGACGGUCCACCGCACCGACUGGUUCGGUAGCACCGUCUUCCACCACAUCGCCGCCACCACAUCCUCGUCCAACAAGUACGUCUGCGCGAGGUGGUACCUCGACUGCAUCAUCAACAAGCUGUCCGAGACGUGGAUCCCCGACGAGGUCACGCGCCUGCUGAACGCCGCCGAUCAGAACGGCGACACGGCCAUCAUGAUUGCUGCCCGCAACGGCGCACGGAAGUGCGUCCGCUCCCUCCUCGGCCGCAACGUCAGCGUCGACGUGCCGAAUAAGAAGGGCGAGACCGCAGACGACCUCAUCCGCGACCUGAACUCCCGGCGCCGCAUGCACGGCCGCCCACGGCAGGCAUCUUCCUCGCCCUUUGCGCCGCCUCCAGAACAUCGUCUCAACGGAUUCGGGAGGGAUCUGGACGGUGGCCCACUCCUCCCCAUCGCGCUGCCGAACAGCCAGCGGACAGAAGAACGAACGUACCGAAGCCAGACCGCCUCCCACCUAAUGAACAAAGUCGCGCCUACGCUGUUCGAGAAGUGCGAAGAACUCGCUCUAGCCUAUGAGCACGAGCUGCAAGAAAAGGAAGCCGAGUCCUUCGACGCCAGCCGCGUGGUAAAACGGCGACAGGCGGAGCUGGAAGCAGUGCGCAAGCAAGUCAGCGAGCUCGAAAACAGGGGUCUGAGCCUCGACGACGAGUCCAUCGAUAUGCAGCAGGAAGCAGAGCUGCGCGCGCUGGUCGACGAGGCCGAGUCACUCCUCGAAGUCGAGCAGAAAGCCGAGCUACGUCGACUGCUCUCUGAGACAAAAUCCCACCCCGCCCAGCAGAACUCGCACUCGGACGACCCCCACGAGAUGGUCCGACUCGGUCUGCUGCUGUACCGCGCGCAACUCGAGCGUCGCGAGCUGGUGCGCGCUGUCGUGGCGAAUCUGAGUGUAGCCGGCAUGAGCGAGAAGCAGGGCGUGUACAAGGGUCUUAUCGCCAAGGCGCUGGGCGAGCGAGAGGAGGAUGUCGAGUCCAUGCUGCCGGAGAUUUUGCGGGAGCUGGAGGAGGCGCAGACGCAAGAGCGUGCGGAGGGGCUGGAGGCCAGUCCGCUGUAGUCUUGACGCGAUGUGGUUUGGUUCUAUGGCGCAGCAAUUGCGCGGGCUAUGUUGCUUGUAGCAUUGAUUCCCCCGGUGUUUGUGUUAUGGAUUGGAGUUCGGGACUGGAAUGGUGUAGGGAUGCUUUUGCUUAGUUAUGACUGUAAGGAUAAUGCUGAUAUGCAUGUAGUGCCUGCGAGCACACUCAACUGCCGCUUCUUGGAUUUGCGUAUCCCAUGCUGACUGUUGCAUCUGUUAGUGAUGUUGCGAUGGCCAAGACAAGAGGCUGUGUUGAAACGGUAGGUUACUUCCUCCUGGUAAAUUCAGGAUGGAUGCAUCAGACAUAAUUCUCUCCAGACAUAGUGCUUUACGCACGUUGAAAGUUUGUGUGUGAUGUAAGUUUGCCAGCACAUUCAUUCGUGACGUUGGUGGUAGGAACGAUCGGAAUCGU